AUGAGACAAACUCUUUCCCGGAUAAGGGUCAAUAUCGGCCGGUAUCUCAAGAAGGUGAACUUGGACAACUUCGUACUUGGCAAAAAACCCUCUGCCGACCCGACCAAGAAACCAGGAUGGGUUCUUGACCCGACAAAAAUUCCAGCCUGGAAUAUCACCCGUUAUCCGCUACUUAAACCCGACACUAUUAUCCAAGGAAGAGUCCGCGAUCCCAGAUCCAAUGCUGCGAGGGAAUUCCAGAGGCAAGAAGGUGCCCGACUGCGAAAGGCAUUGAACCGGAUCACCCAUGGCCGGAACAUCUUUGUGUACAGCAACAUGAGAACGAGCCAGGUCGUUUACUCACUAACCCGAUCCCUUGAGAGAAACAAUGUGCUAUCACAAUUGAUAUACCACGGAAAGAAAACAGUGCCAGCCUCCCUCCGCAAGGACAUGUGGGUUCCGUACUACUCAGUCCAUUUCGACGACGCCAAAGUCGGUCUUCGAGCCUUCCAUCUUCUGCGCGAGUUCUCUACGCAACGACAACUUUCCCCGCCCAAGGAAUUGGUCUCCACAUCCCAAGCGUGGCUGGACAAGAGACGACCCAAAGAGCCGGAGGAAGCCAAGAAAUUCGACGAAGAAUACGAGAAAAGGGUGGGACAGUUGAUGAAAAAGAGGGACAGAGCCCGUGCGGUCAUGAACCAAAAAGCCACUAGCGUUGCCGAUAUUGCCGCCAUAAUCGCCAUUCAGGAAGAAGAAAUCAAGAAUGAAUUCGCGUCUGGCAAGAGAGGAUACAUGACGCGCAAAGCGCGGCAGCGCAGGCGACAAGGAAGAAUGGCGGAUCAACAAGCGUCAGAGGCGGCCGCCAAGCGAGUACAGGAAUUUGAGGAGCUUGUUGGAUACAAGAUUGGCGACAUUACUGGGAUCAAGGAGUACAACCUUGAGCCACAGCAGGUCAAGAUUCUGUGGAACGAUAUUCACGAUGCCCAGUGGGCCAAGACCUGGCCGGACCGUGUCAGCCAUGGCGUACUGGAUUUAACCCACCAGCACAUCAUCCCGGGACAAAAGCGCGAUGGGAAUGAUGAUAUUCUAGCCGAGAAUGCGUUUGCAGAGGGAAAACCAGAAGUUGUAGAGGAGCAGGCCACCACCCAGUGA